AGUGUCGGAAUGGUGACAUGUUUAAUGUACAUGUCUGAAAAUAUGAAACGGUAAAUUCGGUGUGGGCAUGCGCACGUCUUUGCACGUACGCAUGUUUGCACAACGUCUCCGUUUCCAGGAGUCACGUUGCCAUGUUUAACUAUGCGGCAGAUGACAGGAGUCAGGAGCUCACUUACAUCACAUGGGGGAGGGGCUGGGUCGUGUUUGAGCCUCUAACCGAGCUCACAAAGUCGACAACAUGGAGCUUCACGACAAGGAAAGUGUUUCUGGAGAGAUUCUACCUGUGGUGAUUAUAGGUAAUGGCCCCUCAGGGAUCUGCCUGUCAUACCUGCUGUCGGGCUACACCCCCUACCUGUCAUCGGGGGCCUCGCACCCCAACCCGCUGCUGCACGACAAGCUGGCCAAGCAUCCUGGCCUGUCCCUGCUGGAGCGGGACCUGGAGUACCUGAGCGAGGGUCUGCAGGGGCGCUCGUCCAAUCCGGUGGCCGUGCUCUUCGACUCGCUGCUGCUGCCAGACAGCGACUUCGGCGUGGACCACGUGUCCCCGCUGGAGUGGCGCUACGAGCCGGAGAGAGCCGUGCCGCACUUGGUGCUGGGCAAGGGGCCUCCGGGAGGAGCCUGGCAUACCAUGGAGGGCUCCAUGCUAACGCUAAGUCUCGCUAACUGGAUGGAGCUGCCUGGGCUCAAACUGAAGGACUGGAUGAAAGACAAGAGAAGAAACGUGCGCAACGACCGUGCCACGCCGGCUGAGAUCGCGUCCUACUACCAACACUAUGUGUCCCAAAUGGCGCUGGAGCACAAUUUUGCCUGCGGGACCACCGUCACCUCGGUCAGCAGGUGCCCCGCGGACCAGUGCGACCCCCUCGGCUGCUGGAGGAUCAAGGGACUGCAGUGCCCAGAGGGGGAGGAGCUUGCGGACGAUUCUUCCGUGGAGCGGGUGCCCUUCUCCCUGCUGGCCCGCAACGUGGUGUUGGCGACAGGCACGCACGACAUCCCCGCCCGCCUGGGUGUGGAGGGCGAGUCGCUGCCCUACGUGUGCCACUCCUUCUGGGAGCUGGAGGCCGCCAUCUCCCGCGGUGAGCUGGACGAGUCGUCGGACCCAGUGCUGGUGGUGGGCGCCGGGCUGACGGCCGCCGAUGCCGUGCUGGCGGCCCACCACCUCAACACGCCCGUCUACCACGCCUUCCGCCGCGCCGUCACAGACCCGGGCCUCAUCUUCAACCAGCUACCCAAGAUGCUCUACCCGGAGUACCACAAGGUUCACCAGAUGAUGACUCAGCAGCAGCACCAACCGGCAUCCCCUCUGGACUCAUCUUCCUUGUCUCCCCGCUUGUCCUCUUCCUCAUCGUACGCCGGCUACCUCAGCUUCCCUCAGCAUCGUGUGGUUUCCUUUCGCCCAGACCGCAAAUGUGUCCUGCAGUCUGACUCGGGCCAGCGUACCGUGGUCCAAGUAUCCAAGGCGCUGGUGCUGAUCGGCGCCCACCCUAACCUGUCCUUCCUGCCUGAGCAAGGCCGCCCUCUGGGCCUGUGCCCGGACGAGGCCGUCACCUGCCGCAGGAACCCCAUCGACGUGGACCCCUUCACCAACCGCGUACUGGCCGCCAACGGGCCCGGCAUGUACGCCAUGGGCCCGCUGGUGGGCGAGAACUUUGUGCGCUUCCUUAAGGGCGGCGCCCUGGCCAUAGCCAGCGAUAUUGCCAAGGGGCGGAGGGGGGCCGUCGGCGGUGGGGCGCCGAGGACCUCGGACGCACUGGCUGACAAGUGGGUGGACAGGCAGGCGGCCACGCAGACCCUCACGAAAGUGGUGCGAUCGUAGCGAUGGCCUUUAUUGUUGUGCAAUUGGACUUCAAACAAGUAAAAAACAAAAUUUGCCUUUUAUCAAAGCAGUGGUUCUCAAACUGAGAUUCUCCGGGGGUCUGCAAGCCGUAGCUCAAGCGUCAAUGUUAUUGAAGUGAGGCUAUUGCACUGUCUAACAGAAAUGUAGUGCUUCGCCGCAAUCUUGUGGCAUCUCAAGAAAUUUAUGAAUCUGUUUGGAGGCGUCACUCGUAAUCUUUUGCUAUUUGUGGCACGGUUCCUUCCCUCAUUCCAUAUGUUGUAGCAUUUCAUCCAAAUUGUUAUAGUGUGCUGUAAUUGCCUACAGUUGCCAACGGGUGGCAGUGAAGCUCCUUAAUACAAAAGUAGCAAAAGAGAUCAUAAAUCUUGAUGAAAUGGCGAAAAGGCUGGCAGGCCUAUAAAAUAAUUGAAAUGACUAAUUAAUAAAAUAAUAUAGCUGUUAUUCCUACCUACCUACCUUAAUUUUGCACAUUUUUACCAGGAUAAAGAAUGUAAUAUUUUGAGAAUAAAAUUGUCCUUUUGAAAUUCACUUACUCUCUUUAGGUAAACAUUCAAAAAUACCCAAUUAUUCUCAUAUAAUUAGUGUUUUGCAACAAAAGAUGUAGUUGUAUUCUUAUAAAUCUCACAAAUGUUUUUUUUUUUUGCAAUUUCCAUCAGUUUUGUGUUGUUGUUGUUGCCUUUAAUUGGGUGUGAACCCAAAAGGUUCAGGUGCUGUUCACCUUUUUUGUCCUGUUCCCCCCCCCCCCCCCCCCCCCCCCUAAAGUUACCUCACUGUGGGCGUCAGGGACCAAUGAGUACCACUUUAAGAACCACUUCCUUCCUUCUACAACUGGGUCGCAUGACCAAAACAAGUCAGUCCAAAUUGGAAUUGGGAGUUCCUUCUUUCGUAAUACCUGUUUAAUUGUGUUGUCAUCGUUUUGAUAAGAUAUGAUAUGCUUGGUGUCUGGAUUCUUCCUUACAAGACCAAAGCCAUGAUUGGACACACUGUCAAGACUCCCUUUCUGUAACGUGUUUCAUGGAGUCAUUUACAUUAUUGAAAAUAUACAAUGUUGUGACACACUUGAUAAAAACGUUAAUAUUUUUUUGCUGUCCGCCUUGCUUCCUUCCUGCAGUUUUUUGUAAUUCUUGCAUCCUUACUUUCAUCCUUUCAUUGAUUAAACUCCUCCAUUCUCUCCUCUCUUUUCUACUAUUUUAGUUUUUAUUCCUGGCCUUCCUCCCUGUUUUUCUUCCUAACUUUCUUUUCCUUCCCUUUGGACUACUUUCACAUUCAUACAUACUUCCUUUACCUAAAAAACACUUUUCUGACUUUCUUCCUGCGACCUGCUUUGUGCUUGACUCAAAGUGUUUGCCAUUAAUGACCUGUAAAAGCAAUAAUUUAUAUAGUUUGGAAUAUGCACAAGACAAUGUGAUGCUUGUAACAGCAUAUAAACAUGUUUGUAUUCAAUCAAAUUGUGGCUAUUAAAAGCACUAAUAUGCAAACAUA